AUGACCAAAAAUUAUCCCUCAAAGUCUAAAUCAAUGAUCAAUCCACCAAAGAAACAGAUUAAUCUACUGAGAGGCUGGCCUCAUACUUCUCUUCUUCCAACUUCGCAUAUUCACAAUGCAGCAAAUAAAGUCCUUACAAACCCAGAUCUAGCUAAUCCGGGAUUAUUGUAUGGACCGGAUCCAGGAUCACCAAGUUUGAGGGAAAGUGUUGCGAUAUGGCUUCGAGAAUUUUACUCUGAGUAUUAUCCAACUUCUGGCUCCAACUCAGGCGAAGAAAAGAAUCAUCGGAAACCAUUAAAUAAAGAUAAUCAAGGUACACAGAUGAGUCCAGAAGCAGACAGGAUAUGUAUCACAGGAGGAGCAUCGCAAAAUCUAGCAUGUAUUUUACAGACAUAUACAGAUCCUCUAGUUACGAGAGUUUGGAUGGUUACGCCAGGGUAUUUUUUGGCCGGGAGAAUCUUUGAUGAUAGUGGAUUGAGAGUUAGAGCUGUUGGGGAGGGUAAUGAAGGGGUGGAUUUGGAGGGAUUGGAAAGAAUGAUGAAGGAGACAGGCAAGGAGGAUAGUAGUGUCGAGCCUAUCAAAGACUCAAAAUCGAGAUCAUGGGGUAAGAUCUACAAAAACGUUAUCUACUGCGUCCCAACCUUUUCAAAUCCGUCUGGAAAAAUAAUGACAUUAUCAUGUCGCACUUCUCUGGUUAAACUGGCUCGCAAAUACGAUGCAUUAAUCGUCACAGAUGAUGUCUAUGAUUUUCUUCAAUGGCCUACUUCAUCAUCUUCCUCUGAUGCUCCUCUCAAAAAGGCUUUACUUCCUCGUCUCGUCGACAUUGACCGUACACUCGAACCUACGCCUGAUGCAGCCAGUUUCGGAAAUGCAGUCAGUAACGGCUCAUUCAGUAAAAUAGCAGGACCAGGUGUUCGUACCGGAUGGACUGAAGCAACUCCUAAAUUCGCGUUAGGAUUGAGUUUAGUGGGUAGUUCAAGGAGUGGUGGAUGCGCAAGUCAAUUGACUGCUACUAUUGUUGAUCAGGUUUUAAGAUCUGGAGAUUUGAUGAGACACAUUGAGGGGGUACUUCAACCUGCUUAUAAGGAGAGAUGCGAGAGGAUGAUGGGUGCAAUUAAGAGGGAAUUGGGUCCAUUAGGUGUGACGGUUGAAAAUACGGGCAUGGAAUCGGGUGAAAUAAAAGUCUUUGGAGGCUAUUUCAUUUGGUUGAGUUUGCCAGGUAGAAUUGAUGGUGAUUUGGUAGCGCAGAUGGCAGUGGAAGAUGAAAAUCUUGUGGUAGCUAAAGGAAGUAUUUUCGAGGUGCAAGGGGAUGAGAGUGUGAAGUUGCCUAGCGGAUUGAGACUUUGUUUUUCGUGGGAGGAGCCGGAUUAUUUAGAAGAGGGUAUUGUGAGAUUAGGGAGAGUUGUUAAGAAAGUUUUGGAAGGAGGUGGCCUAAGAAGUGGGAAUGGAAGGGAAAAUGGAAAGAGUCUUGCGGAAUUCAAGUGAUUAUGAUAAGAUUAGAAGCAGGCGGUUUUGAAUAGCAUCCACUUUACAAGAAACUUGGCUAGAAUCAAUCUUUGGCGAAUAAUUGGACAUUCAAAUCCAAGUCCUACGGAUUCUCAAGAUUUGGCGGUGUAUGAUGACUCCCAAUUGGGCCCAUCUAUCUAGCAAGCGAUAACUCAGAGUCCCGAGGUCUAUCGAUAUCACUAUCGAUCGAAUACUUUUCCCUUGUUCCAGCAAGACAAAAUGACAACAAAGAUGGAGAGGAAGGGCUUUUGUUUAGGUCUGUUAGAAAGAAAUAUCACUUAUUUCGAACCAGAAUAACAACAAAUAAAAGCAACACCUUUUCCCUAACCAUAAACAUCUUUUCAUUCCAACGAGGAGGUGAUAGCUCAGAAAUUUAUUCCCAUUCGAACGGGGGCAGGAAGAAGCGCAUAGAUCAUAACAGUAUUGAGUCUUCGCAAACAGGCUUC